GUUAACUCAUAACCACCUAAUUAACAACAUGUUUCUUUCUCUCUUUCUUUUCUUCAUUUUAGGGUUUCUUACCCAUUCCCUAAAACUUCAUCUCAAAUUCACUCCAAUCUAUGGCCCUUCCUCUUACCCAAUCCUUGGAUGCCUUAUUUCCUUUUAUAAAAAUCGACAUCGACUACUGGAUUGGUACACUCAACUUUUAUCUGACUCCCCAACACAAACCAUUCUAGUUCAGCGAUUCGGCGCUCCUCGGACUAUAAUCACAGCCAAUCCGGAUAACGUUGAGUACAUGCUCAAAACGAAUUUUAUUAAUUAUCCAAAGGGUAAACCGUUUACGGAUAUUCUAGGCGAUUUUCUAGGGCGUGGGAUAUUCAACGUGGACGGGGAGCUGUGGAACGCGCAGCGUAAAUUGGCUAGCCAUGAGUUCAGCACAAAUUCGUUGAGGGAGUUUGUUGUUAAAACUCUGGAAGAAGUAGUCGAAAACAGGCUCAUUCCGUUGUUAAUUCAGGCAGCUAAAUCUGGCAAAGUUUUGGACCUGCAAGACGUGCUUAGGCGUUUUGCCUUUGAUACAAUUUGCAAGGUGUCCCUAGGUACUGACUCGCACUGCUUGGAUGAUCUCUCGCACGUGUCAGUUCUCGUUGAUUCGUUCGAUACCGCCUCUCGAGCGUGUGCCAUGCGUGGUAUGGCUCCAGUUUACGCGAUUUGGAAAAGUAAAAGAGCGCUCAAUUUAGGAUCGGAGAAGCAGCUGAAGGAAAACGUGAAACGCGUUCACUGUUGUAUCGACGAGAUCAUACAGGAAAAGAAAGAAAACUUCAUUAAUGAAAAUGGAGGGGAUCUUCUGUCUAGAUUAUUAAUUGCUGGACACGAAGAUGAAGUGGUGAGAGAUAUGGUUAUAAGUUUCCUAAUGGCUGGAAGAGACACCACUUCUUCCGCAUUGACGUGGCUUUUUUGGCUCACUACCAAUCACCCUAACAUCAAAAACGAAAUGAUCAAUGAAAUAACGUCGAUCAACAAUGGCGAUAAGGCGCUUGAAUUUGACGAAUUAAAAGAGAUGAAGUAUUUAACCGCGUGCUUGAAUGAAUCAAUGAGGCUUUAUCCACCAGUAGCUUGGGAUUCUAAGCACGCGGCUAAAGACGACAUAUUACCAGACGGAACAAGGGUUCAAAAGGGCAAUAGAGUUACUUAUUUCCAGUAUGGAAUGGGUCGAAUGGAGGAGAUUUGGGGAAAAGACCGACUCGAAUUUAAACCGGACCGUUGGAUCGAUGAAAACGGAGGAUCGAAAAGUGUUUGUCCGUAUAAGUAUCCAGUAUUUCAAGCCGGUCCAAGGAUGUGUUUGGGGAAAGAAAUGGCAUUCACACAGAUGAAGUAUGUAUUGGCUUCGGUUCUUAGGCGGUUCGAGAUUAAACCGGUAAAUGUUGAAAUACCGGUUUUUCUGCCUCUUUUGACUGCACAUAUGGUUGGUGGAUUCAAUGUGAGAAUCUAUGAGCGAGUGGAAUAAAAAAUUGAGUAUAUAUGACUGUAUAGCGAGCUUCAAGAUAACUUGUGUAUAGUUUGUUUAAAGUAAUAACGGAAUGAUCAAACUAAUUUCUCUUUCAUCUCUUUAAAUCUAUACGAUUUACUUUUAUUUUUUUA